AUGAGUAAUUCUUAUUUUAUCGAUGGAAAAUUUGAGGAAGCUGAGGAAUAUUUUUUAAAUUUUAACGAUGUCAUUAUGAAGGAUGUUACUUGUUUGGAACAAGAAUUGAUUUUGUCUCGUGCACCUACAGCUUCAACGUCAUCAUCGACUCCUGCACACCUGUCAACACCGUUACCAAGAAUUAAUAUUCCAAAGUUUUCUGUUAAGCCAACAGAUUGGGCAACUUUUCGUUUGACAGUUGAACAAGAUAGCAAACAUUGUGAUGGAGUUAGCGAUAUUUUAGUUUUUUAUGUUUUGCAAAAAUUAGAUGUUAACACACGCAUGGCCUGGGAAUUAUUUCUAGGAAAUUCGACUGAUUACCCUCAUUUUUCAAUUCUUUUAAAUUUUUUAGAUUCACGUAUUAGAGCUUUAGAAGCGAUUCAAAGUAAAGAAGAAAAUAAAUUGAAAACUGAAAUUGCACGAUCUCAUGUGGUUUCGAAUAAUAAUAAUAAUAGUUGCCCUUUCUGUCAUUCAGUAAGUAAAUGUACAAGUACGUAUACUUGUGGACAAUGUCAAGCAAAACAUCAUACAUUAUUGCAUUUCAAAAAUAAUGUAAAAUCUGACGAAGCAAAGUCAACUCAAGAUAAGUCAUCAUCCUCCGAAUUGCCAUCUGAAAAUAAAGAAAAUGUUUCGGUUGCACAAUCUUUUCAUGCGACUCCUGGAGGAGUAAGGUCUCAUCGAAUUCUUUUGGCCACCGCUCAGGUUAUUGUUACUUCUAAAAAGGGACGUUCAAUUAAAGUUUGGGCAUUAGUGGAUCAAGGAUCAACCUGGACAUUUAUUUCGGAAGAACUAGCAAAUGCUUUACAAAUUCGUCCAGUUCGAUCCAAUAUCCAGCUUAAAGGGGUUGGUGAUGUUAAUGCAGGAAUUUCGUCGGGUCUUGCUUUCAUUUCGCUCGUUGAUUUGGCUGAUGAUGAGUUGUCAACAUCAUCCAAGUCUAUUCACCUUUUAAUCGGGGCAGAUUUGUACGGAUUAAUUAUUCGUGAUGGUCUGAAAAAAGGUAAAAUCAAUGAACCAAUAGCGCAAAAUACUAUUUUCGGAUGGAUUCUUUCCGGAAAUGUUGAGUUAAAUCAAUCAGAUCAGUUAGAAGAUUUUGCGACAUCGUGUUUUUGUAUUUCGAAUGAAAGUCUGAGCAAAACGGUUCAGCAUUUUUGGGAGAUUGAAGAAGUCCCUCGAGUUUCAAAUCUUACUGAAUCGGAACAGGAUUGUGAAUCCUAUUUUAGUUCAACUCACUCGCGUUUAGAUAACGGUCGAUAUAAAGUCAGAUAUCCUUUUAAAUCUGGCACACCGAUUAAUAUUGGAAAUUCUCUCAAAUUUGCAGAAAAAUCAUUAUCGCAUUUAUCAAAAACUUUUGAAAAAUUACCAGAUAUAGCCGAUCAGUAUAAAACAUUUAUAACUGAUUAUGAAGAUCAAGAUCACAUGACUCGUGUUUCUAGGGAGAGUACUGACCAAUCACAAGUUGUUUACAUACCACAUCAUCCUAUAAUUAGAGAGCCGAGCUCAACAACGAAGCUUCGUGUUGUUUUUAACGCUUCGUCUAAAACAUCUAAUUCGACAAGCCUUAAUGAACAUAUGAAUAUCGGUCCAAAAUUGCAAGGCAACAUAUUCACAAUUAUUUUACUUUGGAGGACAUUUCGAUACGUUUACGCGUCAGAUAUUGCUCAGAUGUAUCGACAAAUUUUAAUCGACGAGAAAGACCGUAACUAUCAAAGAAUUCUGUGGUAUGAUUCAUCCUUAAAACAAAUAUUAGAAUUUCGUUUAAAUACUGUAACUUAUGGUACUGCUGCUGCUCCUUAUUUAGCGUUGAGAGUUUUGCAACAAUUGGUAGUAGACGAAGGAGGAGAUUCUAAGAAGGAUAUUAUUGAAACUCGAAAUGAAGUGAUAGCACUUCUUGAAAAAGGUAAAUUCCGUUUGAGGAAGUGGGCAAGUAACUCUUUAUCAUUACUUGAAGAUAUUGAUCCAUCAGAUCAUGGUCAUGCACUUGAAAAACCUCUAAGUGAGGAUGACUCAUUGAAAAUUCUUGGAAUUGUUUGGGUCCCCGCUCAGGACAUUUAUCAGUUCAAAAUACAAUUACCUUCAAUACCAAACAUGACAAAACGAGGAAUUCUUUCUUUGAUCGCACGAUUUUACGACCCAAUGGGUUUAGUUUCUCCCUCAAUACCGCGAUGGACUGGACAAGGUGAAACGGAAGUCGAAUCUUCUAUUCACGGAUUUUCCGAUGCCUCUAAUGUGGCUUACGCUGCCGUAGUUUACAUUCGAUUGGUUUUUAAAUCUGGUGAAAUUCGAACAACUCUUCUAUCGAAUAAGACAAAGGUAGCUCCAAUAAAGGUGCUUUCGGUGCCGCGACUUGAACUUUGUGGAGCAUUACUUUUGGCUCAACUCCCAUUCAAUCAAUCGCUUCUUUUGAAAAAUGGCGACGCACACAUUAAUUCAGAGGAAAACCCAGCUGAUUUUGGCUCAAGAGGAAUUCAAGCGUCUCAUUUUCGUAAUAGUGAGUUGUGGUGGAGAGGUCCUCAAUGGUUAUCGGAUCCAGAAAAUUCAUGGCCUUCUUUUCAAGAAGUUAAAGACACAAAUACUGAUCUCGAAGCUCGUGUUCACGUUACUCACGUUAUUGAAGAUACACCUAUGUGUCAGUUGGUUAUUGUUCAAUUGAUUCAAAUACGUUUAUUUCCGAAUGAAAUUAAAUUAUUAAAAGAAAAUAAACCACUACCUAAAUCAAGUGGACUUUUGAAUUUAAACCCGUUUCUUGAUGACAAAAAUGUUUUACGUGUUGGAGGACGACUCUUGAAUGCUCCAUUAGAAUAUGAUAGACGUCAUCCUGCGAUUCUUAAAAAACAUCCACUCAUUGUUAUGAUUAUUCGAUAUUUUCAUGAAAAAUGUUUACACGGUGCUACUCAACUCACGUUAAAUCAAAUUCGACAAUUCUUUUGGAUUUUACGAUCGCGUCAAGUCAUUAAAUCGGUAAUUUAUAAUUGCGUUACAUGUGUUCGUCUUAAAGCAACGGUUGCUGAACAGUUAAUGGGAUCAUUGCCGAUUAAUCGUGUUUCGCGUCCUUUAAGGCCCUUUUUACACGUCGGAGUGGACUACGUUGGUCCUAUUAAAUUAAAAUCACAAAAGGGUCGUGGACAUUCGUCUCAUAUGGCUUAUAUCGCCGUAUUUAUUUGUUUUGCUGUUCGAGCAAUCCACUUAGAGAUUGUCAGUGAUUAUACGUCAGAAGCUUUUAUUGCGACUUUAAAGCGUUUCGUAAGUCGUCGUGGAUUACCCCAAGUCAUUUACAGUGACAAUGGAACUAAUUUCAAGGGUGCUCAACGUGAACUUGAUGAAGUUUUUAAAUCGGUCGUUAAAUCGGCUGAAAUACAAUCAUAUGUAAUUAAUGAUAAAAUUCGAUGGGAAUUCAUUCCUCCAGCUGCGUUGCAUUUUGGUGGGAUUUGGGAAUCCGGCGUUCGUAGUGUUAAAUAUCAUUUGAGAAGGGUUUUAAAAGAUCGAACUCCUCAUUUUGAGGAAUUAAAUACUUUGCUUUGCCAAAUUGAAAUGUGCUCGAAUUCGAGACCAAUAAAUCCUCUUACCGACGAUCCGACAGAUCUACGUAUACUAACUCUUGUUAGUGUCGCCACAAUUAAAACUGCGUCAAGCACCUAUGUUAGACCUAUUGCGAAAUUGAUUUUGUUACCUAUAAAACAUGAAAAUGAAUAA